AUGGAACAGACUGUUACUGUCGCCGAUCCAUCUUCGACUCGUACAGGAAUCAGAACUAUUGUAUCCAAGAGACGGCCAGGCCGGCCAGGGAGAGCAGCACUGCAACGAUCGCGUGCAAAAUGCCAAGAACGGCGAAAACUACGCGUUCUUGCAGCAGUUGCAGAAGCGGCCAAUAAUUUGCCACCAAGCAAAGGAGGGCAGGAGCAGCAGGAGCAGCAGCAGCAGCAACGGCCAGGGAGAGCAGCAUUGCAACGAUCGCGUGCAAAAUACCAAGAACGGCGAAAAUUACGCGUUCUUGCAGCAAUUGCAGAAGCAACGAAUAAUUUGCAAACAAGCAAAGGAGGGCAGGAGCAGCAGCAGCAGCAGGAGCAGCAGCAGCCCUUUGAAAAUAAACAUCUAAAGCUGCAGAAGCUACGGAAAGAAAUGCAGAAACUGCAAAAGGAAAUAGAGACACUGCAAAAUAAUAGUGAUGGAAGCAGCGGCAUGGGCCUGUGGCUGGGUCAGAGGCAGGAGCAGCGGUUGGGUCAGAUGCAGGAGCAGCGGUUGGGGCAGAGGCAGGGCUAG